ACCCGAUCCUCCGGAAGGAAUUCCACAUCUCACGGAUGCGUCGCCUCUCCCUCUCUCUGCUCCACGAGUGGUGGAGUCCAUCCCAUCCGACGGUGGAGUUUGGAGCUUUCGCGUCGUCCCACGUUCCAUCUUUUACCGAGGGCUCCCGUGUGGUCUCAAGUGGUUCGCUUCCUUACAAACGGAUUUCUUCCGGUGUUUUUUUUCGAAUCAGUUGUAAUUAGCUGCCUCCUUUCAAUCCUAAGAAGAAAGAAGAGAUCUCCUCAAGUCCUGCUAAGAUGGCAGAAGUCGCCAAGGACUUGACUGCUGGAACCAUCGGAGGUGCAGCACAGCUGAUUGUUGGGCAUCCCUUUGAUACCAUUAAAGUUAAACUUCAGAGCCAGCCUGCCCCACUUCCUGGUCAACUCCCAAAAUAUUCUGGCGCCAUGGAUGCAGUUAAGCAAACAAUUGCCAGUGAAGGCCCAAAGGGCUUAUACAAAGGGAUGGGCGCUCCACUUGCCACUGUUGCAGCCUUCAAUGCUCUUCUAUUUACUGUAAGGGGACGAAUGGAGGCAUUGUUAAGGUCCGAACCUGGUGCCCCACUCACAGUAAACCAGCAGGUAGUAUGUGGUGCUGGUGCUGGAGUUGCGGUUUCAUUUCUAGCAUGCCCAACAGAACUGAUCAAGUGCAGGCUACAAGCCCAAAGUGCCUUAGCAGAGUCUGCUGCCUCUUCUGGUGCAGUAAAAUAUGGAGGUCCUAUGGAUGUGGCAAAGCAUGUUCUCAAAUCAGAAGGUGGCCUCAUAGGCCUUUACAAAGGUCUUGUUCCAACAUUGGCACGGGAAGUCCCUGGAAAUGCUGCAAUGUUUGGGGUCUACGAAGCCCUCAAGCAGUACUUUGCUGGAGGAAAAGACACUUCAGGUCUUGGAAGAGGUUCCCUGAUUGUUGCUGGGGGUUUAGCUGGAGCAUCCUUCUGGUUGUCGGUCUAUCCAACCGAUGUUAUAAAAAGUGUGAUUCAGGUUGAUGACUAUAAGAAUCCCAAGUUCUCUGGCUCCAUCGAUGCAUUUAGGAAGAUAUUGGCUUCAGAAGGGAUCAAGGGCCUCUACAGGGGUUUCGGACCAGCCAUGGCUCGCAGUGUUCCGGCCAAUGCAGCCUGCUUCUUGGCUUAUGAGGUGACUAGGUCGAGUUUAGGAUAACCUGAAUGCCCUUCUUUGAUUCUUUUCCCCUCUAGUUGGAUUUAUUUUUCUAUUGGGCAAGGUGAUUCCAGUGAAUGUUCUGGUUUUCCUUGCUGAAUGCAUCAGUUCCAUUUCUGACCACCGAGUAUGAAAUAUUUGAUGGUCAGAAGUAUUAAUUGAUCCUUAAUAUACUGUUUCUUUCUCGUUGUUUUAUUGGAAACUCGAAAUUAUUGUUCUCA